AUGAAAUUGUUUUUGGUCUUGUCAGCUUUUCUACUGUAUACUCGCUCGGUUCAUUCGUGUUCACUGCAAGAACGGAACAUUCAACCAGACUCUACUUCAUUCGGAAAAGUGCUCUCAAAUCCUAGUCUAUCUUUCGACUGGGAUGCGAUUAAAUACGUUUAUGCGUUCGGUGACUCCUAUACAUUCGUUCAAGGCACACACGGUCUCGCGAACUUCAGCUUCAUUGGAGACCUGCAGAACAUCAGCUUCACCAAAGACGAACUGCUAAAUGACGAAAUAAUAUUCAGAAACACAAGCUCGGAUGGAGCUAACUGGAUUGAGUUCCUGACUGGAUGCUUCAGUGGGAAACCAAUCGAUUGUUCUCCUCGUCAACUCUGGGACUUCGCUUUUGCAGGAGCAGAUAUUGAUGGGAAUCUUCUUCCUUUACAUCACCCAUUCACCGUCCCAUUAGUCGACCAAAUGAAACAAUGGGCCACCUACGCUGCCAGCUUUCUUCCUCGUCCAAAAAAAGACUCGCUUACAGUGUGGUGGAUUGGGAUAAACGAUACUGGAGACUCGACAGGGAACGAAACUGUACACUUUGAUGCUUUCUAUGCUAAGGAAAUGGAUUCGCUCUUUGAAGCUGUUGAACUUGCCCAAUCGAAAGGCCUCACAGGCACUCACCUCUUCUUGACCGUCCCACCCGAAGAACGUUCACCAUCCGGUCUCUACUCUUCCCACGCAGAAGAGCAAAAGUCAAACAUCAUCACUUAUAACACACAACUCCACACUCGUGCUUCGCAAUUCGCACAACGUCAUCAAGAUGAAGAGACAGUUGUACUCUUGUUUGAUGCACAUGAGUGGUUUAACUUUGUUCUAGAUAAUGCAGAGAUGUUUGGGUUUGGGGAUAUUACUGGGUUCUGUGAAUGUUCAGACUCGGAUUUCUUCUGGUUCAAUACAGGACACCCGACAGAACACACCCACCACCUCUUAGCUUCAGCAAUCGACCAUUUCCUCUCCAGUAUCUCAACUUAA